UGAAAGCAUGUAUGACAAUAUACAUUGGCAAGAUAAUUGAGACUUUAAUUCCAAACCAUGUGCAUUACAAUUGGUGACAUAAAUCUGUAUAUUCGCGCAAAUAUCGGGCUUCCAAAUUUCAUAACAUUAUCUUCCUAAAUGUUAAGUUAGUAAUAUUUUGGUUGGCGCUAAGGAAAACAAUGUUGCAGCAUGUACCGUGGUUGAAAUAGUGUUAGUAAAGCAAUGUUAAUAUUCUGUUCAGACAGCGUGCUUGUGUGGUAGCUGUCCUGGUAGGAUGAGAAGCCAGCUUGUCAACAGACCAGCUAAAACCAAAAAGUGCCAUCAACACAAACCGACAUCCAACCUCAACCUUACAAGGUCUUCAAUACUGAGCCCAGAGCUGCCACAGUCCAGGAUUUCAGUUUUAAGAAGACAUUUAAGAGAGGGAUCAGUGGAACCCUUCAAAGAGGUUUCUGACUUGCAUCUUAAGUCCCAUCAUUUACAUACUUUUUCUACACAGAUUAUCUCUGAAGAAAAAAAUGCUAUUGAAACAACACCAAGUAAUGGAAAAAGAAUUUGUGUUUUUGAAAGUUUAGAUACCGCUUUAGCAUCUGUCAAAAGUUUGGACAAGUCUAAUAGAACACUACUUGUUUGCUUGUCAGAUGUGUAUAGUUCCACUAAGCUUGAUUAUUCAAAAAAAGAAGCAUUUCUUCUAGAAAAACUCAACGGUUUAACAAAAACAUUAGAUAUGAAAGGUAGUGGAUCAAAGUCGCCCCAAUCUAAGUCGCCAGUUAGACAUCCCAAAGAGUCUGUUGAAAGUAAAACUUCUACUGCAAGCUCUUUUUCUCUGGCAGCUGGUGAUAAUGGUGGUAAAAGUAUCAGUGACAUUAAAGCUUUGUUUGUGCAGACUGAUCAUGACCUUCUUGAAGUGGAAAAAUCUCUUGCUUGUUCAAGCAAUGAAGGAAAGAUAGUAGCUGAUAAAAAAGGGAAAAAAAGCAAAUCUACUACAAAUUCCAAGAAAAAGGAAGAAGGCAAGAAGUCGCCGCCUAAGAAAACAACUAAAUCACCAACAAAGAGAGAUUUACCUGACAAUAAGAAACAAGCUGGAAAAGUUGAGGAUGCUCCUGGACAUGAAAAAGUAAGGAAAAGUCCCAAAAAUCCACAAAAGAAAAAGGACAAUGAAAUUUCAGACAGUAAACCAGCAGGAGAAAGUGAAAAGCCUCCUUCACCUAGGAAGAGAGCAUCUCCAAAAAAGAAGGAAACUGUUAGUGCUUCAAAUGACAAGGUUGAAGUAAGUGAUGUGAACAAUAUUAGUCCAAAGAAAGAAGAAUCUCCUAAGAAAAAGGGGAGAGGUUUUACAGUUAGAAAAACUGAUGAAACUGCUGUUGAUUCUCCUGAAAAACCUGUAAAAUCCCCAAGAAAAAAAUCAUCACCUACAGAUAAAUGUAAAGAAGAAACCAAUGAUACAGAUUCAAAACCCUCAGGAACUAAAAACAGAAAAUCUAGAUCUCGUAGUGUUAGCGCUUCACCUAAAAAGCAAAAUAAAAAUGCUGAAUCAAAACCAGAUGUUAGCACAGGUGGUACUGCUCGUGCUAUUGAUUUUGAUGUGGUAGAUAUUGAAACAAGAAUUCUGAAAAGUGCUGAAAAUGUACUACCAAGUGACUUCAAGUACCAGUAUAGUUUGACAAAGGGGUCUCCGUCUCUUGAUCUUGGAGGUUUGAUAGGGAAAAUUAGCAACAACCUGAAAGAAAAACCAGAAGCACUGUCUGAGCUGUUUGGGGAAGCACACGAACAUGAAUCUGCUUCAAGUCCGGAUGCUAGUAUCAUUAGUGAAGAAAAUGACAGUGAUAAAACCUUAACUGAAUUUGAUAUUAAGAGUGCAAAGCUGAAAGAAAACAAUUUGAAGAAUGAUUCUUUGGAAAAGAAAGACACAAAUAAUGAAGAAAAAACCACAAAAAUUGAAGAAAAAGAAACCAAUAGUGAAGAAAACAAUGAAACUUCAAAAGAUAGCAAAGAUAAACAGUCAAAAACCAGUGAUGUGUUAAAAAAAUCAAACACAACAACUGAUACUUAUAAAACUGAUGCACCAAAUGAUAGUAAUAUGGAGACUGAAACUUCUGAUGAAAAAAACAAAGAAACUAUUAGUAUUUUUGAAAUGUAUGGACUUAAGCUUAAGAAAAAAGAACUGCAUCAGGAUUCCAGUUUAGUUGAAAAAAAUGAAGUGGCCAUCAGAGAACGAAACAACAGAGAUAAAUUAGAUAGUAAAAUGGAAGUGGAAAGCAAUGAAAUUGAAGAUGGUCAAAAUCGGAUACAUGAAGAGGAUGAACUAAUGAUUGUUUCAGAAUCUAAAGUAGAAGCCAGUAUAGUGAUUUCUGAUGAUGAAGAAAAUGUAGAAAUGGAGACUGAAAAUGACACCGGUGGAAAUGACAAGCUCAGAAAAUUUUCCACUAUAACUAGCACUCUAGAUCCUAAACCAUUAGAUGUGUUAUCAAGAUUGGAGAGGCAGUCGUCUGAUAAAAGAAGUGCAUUUGCUUGUGAUGAGUUAGAUGAAUAUUUACUAACCAAUAAAGAAAAUCUUGGUCCUUCUAGUGAAAAAUAUAUGAACUCAAACCAUUCUAAAGUAGUCUUUUCCCAAGAGGAAGUCAAAGCUGAGGUCGAAAGAUCUGAACCAGACAUAGAUAAUGUAGAUGGAAAAGUCUUCCUGUCUUUUGCCAGUGAGCAUGCUCUUAAAGCUCAUAUAUCUUUGGAGAAGAAAGUUGAAUGGUUGAACGAGAACCAGUUGAGAAAAAUGGCGCAUUUCAAACAGAUGAAAGAGAGACAACUGGAUGAGGGUACUAGGAGAGUAACUGAUGUGAAAUCCUUGGAUGAACAGAAGCAAAGCUUCAGAGGUGUUCCAAAUAGAAUGAUAAAGUAUCAGAAGCUUUUGAAGAUGGAACUGGAGGAUUUGUUGUUGGGAAGAUUGACUUGUUCCCCACUGAAGACACCAGCAAGACCGCCACAGAAAACAGCUGAUAUUACUAAAAUUAAAGGGUGGAAAAACAAGUUUAAAAAUCUUGAAGAGUGUCAAGAAAUCACUGGUUUGAACAUAUCCGAAUCUGGAAAAGUUCAUUGGAAAACUGAAGAAAGGCUGCUGAAAAAUAUUGAUCCGGAAGAAGCUAAGGAAAUUGGUCUUGAUUUGAAAAAGAAGAGAAGAAAGAUGGUCACUUACAACAGAAAUAAGAAGCACCUUGAUUAUGAAUACAAAAUAGAUGAAUCAGUAGUGACAGAGAAGGAUGUGUACAAUGAAGAGGACGAAAUGCCGACACCUGAUAAAAUUCCAUAUCAAGUAAAAUACCUUAGUCAGCACAAGUAUGGAGCAAGAAAACUAUUUGUUAAGAAAAUGAAGCUAGAUGCUGAAGAUGAAAGAAUUCUUAAGAAACUUGGAACUCAGAAAACUCCAAAAGAGGAGGAAGAGGAGGAGGAAGGAACUGAAGCAGGCGACAACUCAAAGUUGAGGAAAGGGAAGGGGCAGUUGGAGAUGUCAGGGAAACUUACCUUGGCCAUGGCUAUCAAUGCUGUCAAGGCUUUGGAUAAUAAGCUCAUUGCAAUAGCCAAAAAAAUGUCUAAGGAUGAUGGAGGUGGCCAUGCAGAGAUCAAGGAGGAACCAGAAGAUGAAGACUUAAAUCAGCAUGUGAAUGAAAAAGUAGUAGAGGUGAAAGAGGGAAGGACGAGGAGUCGCACGUCAUCCCGGCGUCAGUCUGCAGUGGAGGAGGAGGUUGGACAUGGCUGGCAAGGGAAGAUCCCUCAAGUCAAAGAGAAGAAGUGCACAGAACCAGGUUGCCGCUACGGUUGCAUCUGCCACCUAUGCAAGCUCUCCGACAGCGGAGAGGAGCGGGAGUCAGAAAUCAAGCCUCCGUGUGACAAGGAGUACUGUAAACUGGGAUGUAUAUGUGAGAGCAUUGAUACAAAGAAGGAUUUACAGAAGAGUCAUGAGGAUCACUGUAGGAAGCCCGGCUGUAUGCUCGAGUGCAAGUGCCCACCCAGACAGCCCAAACCUGACAUUCCCCGCGACCACAGCAAACGGAAGAAACGCGGCAAACAGAGGCACAAGAAAUCCUCACCAGAUAAGGACUGCUUUGUGGAUGGGGAAGAUUUUGAGGAUGAGGUUGGAGGGGCCGGGCCCCAUGAAGCAACUGACUUUGAGAACUGGGAACCGCCCAGUAAGAAGAAGAAAUAUGUCAGACAAAGGUAUGCAGACUUACCCCGUCGUGAGACCACUUACAGGCUGGCCAAGAAUUUAGAUGCUGUGAGCAGGAAAGCUAUGGAGGUGUACGCUACCAGCGAGAUGUUCCAGGAGCGUGGCAGGGGUGGGGGCAAGGGGCCAAGGAGGAGGAAAUCUGACCAGUCAUGGGAAGACGGUUCCCAGCCAGGGCCCAGCCAGGAAUCAAUACACUCACAUCUUCUCCAAGAUCACCCUGUGCUUGAGAUCUUGGACUCUGAAGAUGAGAGUGGCGGUUUCCUGUCAGAGCCUGUUUCGUGUUCCAGGGUCUUGCCUUAUAAAGGACCUUAUAAGAGGGCAAAAGCUGCAAGCAUUGAGCCUGCUGUUAUUGACCUAGAUGUUGAGGAGCAGUUAAAAUUAUCAGGCAAAACCCGGCGGAAGAACAACAAGCGGAUUCACAUCCCUUUCACUGGUGCCCAGACCCCCUCUACAGGCUCAGUGUCGGAGAAGAUGGGCCUCACUAAUAAAAUUCAGAGGCCCAUGGACAUUCAACCAGCCAAAACAGCAUCACCAAUAGCCAGUGCAACUCCAGAACCGCCCAAGGUUCUAGAGGACAAAUGGAAAACGCAGAUGGUUUGCCUGAAGGCCCGGAAGAAACAGGAAGACAAAUCAACAGGGCAGAACUCUGAGAUAAAGCUGUUGGAAAUUAUUUCAAACUGUCAGUGGGAAGUUCACAGGCAAAAUAUGCUGUCCAAAAUUUCUCACGCCAUUUCUAAGGAUACGACACUAGGGGUGACUAAGGUUGAUACGUUAGAGUGGGAAUCUUUCGUACUCACGUUUCUGCCAAAGUCAGACAAACCUGCGAUCAUUCCCCCCGAAUUAAAGUCGAAACUCCCUGAUUGUAUGUAUUCCAUCAGAAUUAAGGUUGUGAAGAAAACUGAAGUUGAUCUAACAAAUGAAAAUGAACCGAUUGAGAUAAAGGAUGAUGAGGAUGAAAAGAAGAAAGUGAACAUUAAACUGCAGAAGAAAUUGAUUGACAAAAUAAAGUUUGCUGAAAGAUUGAGGAACCUAAUAAUAGCUGAGGAACAAAAAGGUGUGAAAUCUUCGAAAUUCUCAGUGAGUCGAGAAGGUAUUGAGAGAGCUUUAAAGAAGUAUAAGACACAGCUGUGGAAGGCCUACACGGGAACAAGCAACCUUACGCUUGACCAGCUUAAACAAGCUCUACAGGCCGCAAAAGCUGGAGCGAACCAGGGCCAGUCCUCUCCCUCAGUCCCUGUGCCGAGUAAUCCCAAUCCAGGAGCUGCUCCUGCUGGUGCCAGCAAUUGGCAGCCCCAUCAGGGGGAAAAUAUCAAUGUGGAUAUUAAAACAAUGAACAGAAUUGUCCGAAAUCAAGGCUUUACUGUGGUAUACCCCACUGGAACUACAGCAAACCAGUUUGUCCCACUAUCUAGUCUAUCUCAGGGAAUACAGAGUCAGACUGUGACUGCGCCAGUUGUUGGACAGAGUAACUCGCAUCAUGGUGUUGUUAUUACAAGCACAGAGUCAGUACAUGUCCAGAAGUUUAAGGCAGUGCCUCCACAGAAGUCUGCCAGUGUUAGUUUAUUAGGUAAUUCAAGUGGUGACACAAGCUAUGCACAUAGUUUGUCUUUGCAUGGAAAGACACCGUUAGUUGCAAAUUCAUGUGAUCUCGCCAAAACCAAUACUGCGGCACCAAUAACUAGUGCUAAGAGUGCAAAUGUUUUUACAUGUGCAACAGGAAAUGGAGUUGUGCACAAUGUAGGGAACAUAAAUAAUAUACCAAUUACUGAAAAACCUAUUAUAAUAAAUAUAAGUACAUCAAGCAGCAGAAUAGGCAAUGGAUCUGCGCAUGGAGAAACUGUUACAACGACAAAUGUCAUUAAACCAGUUGGAGGUGCCCUUGUCGCUUCAAAUGGAGACCCUCCAAGUACCAGUGUGACUUAUGUGCCUGUUAAUCCAAAAACUGGCCAGACUUUUGUACCUGGAAUGAGAAAUCCUUCCUCACCCCAAGAGGUUCUAUUGGUACCAUUCAAAGGCGGAAAACUCGCAGGAUCUGGGAAAGUCGUCAAAGCUCCACUUGUAUUUGUGGAAGAGGCAAAGCAAAAGGGGCUGAACGCUGGUCAAGUUCAGUCAUCAAUGACGCCAGGAGGUAUUGUAAGGCCAAUGUCCAAUCCAUCACUUGUCAGUAUUCAAGGAAAUAUUGUGGGAACUCAAAGAAUUCCAUCUCCAUCAGAACUAAAUGAUUCCCUAAGACAGGCCUUACCCUCUGAGCCUGUAAAUGGUUCAUCAACUCAGCUGACUGUUCCAGGUGUAGUUACCACACAGACUUCUUUCAUAUCUCCAAAUAUUUAUCCGAUCAAAAUGGCCAACCCAGCUCCUUUGCAAGAUUUCUCCUCCAGAUUCCAACCCAUUAGAUUGGUUACACCCUCUCAGAUGCCGAAUAUGCUCCCUGGUAUCCAGGAAUCGACAAGCCAGUCUUCACUGAAGGUGGUUACUCUUUCUGGGCGAAUUAUUUCUGCCAGCAAUUCUAAUACAGCACCAUUCACCUCAAAUUCAUGUUCAAUUGCUGUGGUUUCUUUACCAAAAAGUGUCCCUGGCCAGUCUGGCGUUGUUGGCUGUCAUGUGGCUGUUCCUCGCGCUGAGGUGUUGACUAGUCCGUCAAAACCUUCACGUCCUAUUGUAAGUGAACAAGUUAAAGAGCAGGCCCAGAAUGCAGAGGUGAACAAUAGUUUAAGGGAUAAAACUGUGUCUGUCAAAGUUGUUGAUGAUGCUUCUACAUGUAAUGAAACAAGUCAAGAUAUUUCUGAUAACCACAUACUAGAAAUCUCUUUUAACAAAGAAAAUGUUGAAAACAAUGCUGACAUAGAAAACAAAAAAGAAAUCUCAGACUCUGUCAUGAAUGGAAACACUAAAUGUGAGGUCAAGUAUAUCAAUAAAGAUCUUUUAAAGUCUACUGAAGAAUCAGAUCAAAGCAAGCAGGUUUCAGAGACUAAGUCUGAAGAAGCUGAAGUUAAACCUAAAGAUGCUGGGUUAAGGCAAAAAGAAGCAGAAAUAAUGCCGGUAGAAAAAGAAAUAAAACCAGAAAAAGCAGAAACACGACCCGAAGAAGAAACAAGGCCUGAAGUUGCUGAACUAAGGACUGACGAAAUAGGAAUAAAGCCUGAAGUUGCUGAACUAAGGUCUGAAGUUGCUGAACUAAAGACUGAAGAAGUAGAAAUAAGACCUAAACAUGCAGCACUAAGGCCUGAGGAAGCAGAAAUUAUCGAGUUUGAAGAGGUAGAGAAUCAAUUUACCGAAGAGAUAAAGAAAAUGAUGGCCAAUAGAAGUGAGGAGGAAGUGCCUUCACAGAAUGUCGAGGGUGGAAAGAGAAAGAGGAACUCUCCAGACCUUCUGGAUGAGAUCAGGGAGCAGGAUCAGGCUCGGAAGAAAGCUUGCACUGGCAAUUAUGGGGUGGCUGUUCUGAUUGAUUCAGAGGACUCUGAUGUGGACAUAGAGACCUUUGAGACAGUGUUUAGCACCCCUCUGUCAGUAGCAUCCACCUCUGCUGCCCCAUAUUGCAUGGGAAGACAAGUUCUGAAGCAGCAUAUGAUACCCACAGACAAGCAGUCAAUAACAGGCACGUUUGUGAAGCUGGCCAGUGAAAGAAAUCGCCGCGACGAGCUGCGCUACCUCAUCAGGAAUCUUGGACAGGUUACCUUCAAGUACAACAAGAAAGUGAAGACUUUCAAGACGGGGGUUCCGAAACAUUUCGUUUUGGCAGAGGCUGUAAAGCUGGUGAGUGCCUUAAAAAAGAAGAUGCAGGGCCUGGAAGAAUGUAUUGCAGAUGGAAAACAAUACCAGAAGUCACUGUAUGAAAAGCUGGAGAAACACAUCUCUUCAUUUGUGGAGUCUGGGAUACCUGAAACAAUCAUCAAAAACUUCCUUAAGAGUGUCUCAGCAGCAGCCCUCUCUAGCCGCCCUAAGAAAAAGGAAAAGAAGGGGAAGGAGGCCCACAGUUGUAGCGAGGAACAGUGUAACUGUUCAAGUUCCGAGGAAAGUGACAGCGGGCUGGACUACCAGCCAUGCACAGCCUCAGAGAUUCUCAGUGUUCAUAGCCCAAUCACUCCGAUAUGUAAGUCCGAGUCUGGUGCUAGUUCUGUUGCAAAUGAGGGAGGGGAGGAUGGAAGUAGUGCUCAAACUUUUGUGAGAUUUAGGCUCGGAGAUACAAAAAGCACAACUUCUAGGGGUAGAGUGAAGAAGGCAGCAGAAAACAAAGAAUAUAGGGUUGUUACAAUGCCACCUAAAGGAGUUAAAGUUUAUCGGGCUGGGAGCAUUGAAGAUGAUGCAUUUAUCAGUGAUGGCAUAUAUCCACAGGGUCAGAUAAUCAAUACACCGGGAUGGAAAGACAAUGCCUUCCCUGAUGGUCUAGAUGCAAAAAUCAAACAGGAACAAGAAGAUAUGCAAAUACAUAUAGACUCGAGCGAUGAAGAUGAAAUUCAAAGUACUACUGGAGAUAUAAUGAUUCCAGAUGAGCUAGACUCUGAGGCUGAAAUUGUUGAGCCUACUCUGGAGGAGUCAGAAAGUCCAUUCCCAGUAAAAGUUGAACCACAAAUGUCAUGAUCUGAUCUGGUGAUCACAUGAAAACAGGGUGAAACAUGGUAAGGUGGUUACUUAGUAUGUCCGGGAUUCUUGUGUUCUUUUUCAGAUUUGUAAAUGCAGGAGAGGUUAACCAUUUUCUUGAAAUAUUUACCUUUACAUGUACAAAAAUGUAGCUCCAGGGGGUUUAUACUUUAUCAUUAUAAAAAGGCCAUCCCAGAAAAAUGUUUGUUUGAAGUAGCUAGAUCCACUCUUUUUCUAUGAAUAGGUAGGUAUGAAAUUGUACGUAUGAUGACCAACCAACAUGCUACAGUCAUUUCCAGUGGUUAAAAGGAAUUGAGGGCAAGUGAGUAAGCAACUACAAACAAACAUUUUUUUUAAAGGAAAGCCUUGAUUAUAAAUCACUGUUCAUGCUUGGAAAUAGUCAAGUGAAAUCCAUAUGUUGUUUGUGUUUUAAGUUAAGUUACCUUAUUUUCUUCCGUUUCAUGGCAGGCAGCUACUUAAAUUGUAUUUGAUGUAAUCUUGAUCAAUCUAUUUUGUUAAAUUAUGAAAUAAAUUUUGUUUAUUAAAAAUUUAUAAUUGGUGAAUUUUUUAAUUGUUGUUUAAGUUGAAAGACAUUUCAUAUAUAGAACAUUAGAAACCAGUUGCAGAUAGUAACUGAUAGUGGUACUGAUUUGUAUUUCGUUUGCAUUGACUGCAGUUAAAUUCAUGUUUGCUUACCGUAACUUACAUUUUUUGGUGAUAUAAAUUUGUUACUGAUGAGAUUAUAUAAAUAUGCAUCUGUGACUUCAUUAAACACAAUAAACAGAAGAAUCCUG